GUACCUCAACGCCCAGGUACCGCGCUCAAGGCAACGCCAGGCUACCAACGACAGAUUACGACUUCAACGGUCUAAGCAGCGCCAAGCUUGGCACGGCCUGCGCGGGAUCGAGGGAGAGCUUGUAGCCGGGAUCAAGCUCACGGACCAUUGAGAUUCCCAGCCCAUCUCACCUGGCUUUCUUUUCUCGCGAUGAACCUCUUUUCUUCGCCAAAGCGUCAAACGGUGCAGUCGCGACUGCGUAGCGGCCAGAGCAAGGGCUCAUCCACGCUCGCGGCGUCUGGGGAGCCGGAAUCCUCGUCUCCUCUGCCUGAGGCUGGCAGCUCUUCUCAAGCAGCCACUGCAUCGCCGCCGCCACGACCGCCUCGUCGUAGGGAACCGUCUGCACGUGCCGAGUCUGAGCGCUCGUGGAGCGACGAGCGGCCGGAGGACGAUGAGCUGUUCAUCACCUGUCAUCCGCCAGAGCAGGAGCCUAGUUUCUCCUUUGUCUGCCUGGGUGUCGGCGGAGGGCCGCUGGAAAGCGAUUGCUCGUGUUACAUCGUCAAGGCUGCCGACCGUCACUGGCGCGAGGGCAUGUACGUGCUCGAAGGAGGCUCAUGGCUAGGCGCGCUGUCUCGUGUAUGCUCGGAAGAGCUGCGCAAAGCCUUUUACGACUUUGACUUCUCACACAGCGACGCUUCACUGAGAGCAGGCGAGAUCGGCUCCUAUGCCAAAGCCUUCUUGAUCUCUCACGCCCACCUCGACCAUAUCCUCGGUAUGGUGCUCGGAUCUGCCAGUCUACCAGGAAAGAGGGCCGUCUACGGGCUCAAGUCGACGCUGGACAACCUCUUGGGCAUCUUCGAUGGCAAGCUCUGGCCUAAGCUGGCCAGCUUUCGUGAAGAGGAUCCGUUCAUCGUCUAUCACCUCAAGCCCGUCGAGUCACAGACUGUGCUUACACUUGAUGACUCCAUAUCGGUCCUGCCAUUCGCUCUCUCUCAUGGUCUGAGCUCGAGCUCCACAAAUCUGCCGGCCCCGCCUACACCGACACCAUCGUCGACGCUCGCACCCCGCGGUAGCUACUUUAACAAACGCUUUUCACUCCCGCUCAAUAGCCUAACCUUACCGCCUCGCCAGGCGGACGGAUCUUUUGCCUCUUUGGAGAAGCCCGUCUUCACCAGUCCGUUCGCACCAAACGUGCAGCCAACCUCUGCCGUGCCGGCCGGCCGAGGGGACGCCAGUGGCGCUACCUCGCCAAGCCCUUCUGACAGCAGUUAUCACUCAAGCGUAGCGCCAGAUUCGGAGUCCCCAGCGUCGACUGCGGGCUCAUUCGCAGUGCCAGAGAGCCAGCGACCGCCCGUCAAGCCAAUGACACCAGUCUCUCAGGACAGUGCGCCGCCGCCGCCGCCGCCAGCAGCAACGCGCCUCAAGUCCAGCCUCAGACCUAAGACGGCCUCUGGCUCAGAGCGAGCUGCGGGCAAAGAGGAAAGCGGCCCAGAGGACGCUGUGCCACGGGGACGUCGGGCAGGCGCUCCUCGCCGAGUCAGCAUCGACAAUCACAGCGGCGCGCUGGACAGCACGGCCUUCUUCCUCACCAAUAAGCGCACGGGCAACGACGUCCUCUUCUUUGGGGACGUAGAGCCAGACUGCGUAUCUCGGGCGCCGAGAAACAAGCGCAUCUGGCAACAUACGGCCUCUCGCUUUGCUGUGGGCAAGCUGACGACGAUGUUCCUCGAAUGCUCAUUCCCGGCCGCGCAUCCCACGGAGUUCCUUUGGGGCCAUCUCUCCGUCAAUCAUCUCUACGACGAGCUGCGAGUGCUGGCGAGAUGCGUCAAGAGCGAGCGUGCUGUCCUUGCCCGGAGGAACAAGGUGGCGAGCGGCGGCGCUGGAGGAGGCUCGAGAAAUGGCAACGCAGGUAGCAUGACGCCGUCGAUGGUGCCGCCGAGUCCUCUAUCAGCGCCAGACUCUGCUGAGCUGCGAGGGACGCUGGCUGGGCUGAACGUAGUCAUCAUUCACGUCAAGCAGGCGCUCUUCCCAUCGGUCGCAGAGGAUGCGAGCAAGUCGACGGACUCUUCUGCGACUGGGUCGAGUGGCGGUGGGAGGGUGUUGGACCCGCGAACAAUGCAGCAGAGGAUCUUGCAGGAGCUCGAGGAGCUCGAUGUUGAGAAUGGGCUAGGGGUGCGGUUCAUCAUCGCGAAGCAGGGCAUGCGCUUGGAGAUUUGAGCAUAGGCGUGGGUUAAGGAGAAGAUCGUGGGACGCAAUGUCUGUAUGUACUUUUAAGUUAUUCGAGCGUUGUACGAGCGUUGUACGAAAUCUUGUGCUGUUGCUGAAUGAAGCCCAGGUUGGCGGGCGUGCCUGAAGUGCGGGGUCGCAGCCGCUGCUGCUCGUCCGCCGGGCCUGCAGGUCGAUGCGGUGCGCC